GUAACUAUAACUUAAGCUCUCGAUCACGGCCCUUCCCUUCAUAUGAGAGUGCCGAUCACCAAUUACCCUACCCUACACGCCAUUAACGGUUAAAUGCUUUCUUUUAAUGGCACAAUUGAUGGUAACUAUGCAAAACCACCCCAUGCCAUGUCAUUUGAUAAAAAACAAUCACCAUUUGCAAAGGGCAUGUCUUUUUUAUUUUGAUUCCCAAAUCCCAUGUUUAUUUGCUACCCUCCAUCGAUUCUUUGCAUAAAAAAAAUCAAACUUAAACUCCUUUUUUUAGCCGUAUAAUGAUCAUAGGUUUUAUUUCAUUUUUGUGAUUCUUUUCGUGAUGUGACAGAGAUCAAUUUACUAUAUAUCACUCUUGAUUUUUUCUAAAGUAGCAAGCCUCGACGAAUCUACAAUAUAUAUGUAUGGCCCAUAUUGUAUAUAUUUUUUCCCUAACGAAUAAGCUUCUUUUUCUUCCAACUACUCUUCUUUUAUUAUGACUUUCUUGUCAUUAAUUUUGGGCCAAAACAAAUUUUCCAAGGAUUUUAUAGAAAAGAAUGUUGCUAUCAACUGCUCUAUAUAUACAUAUUUCAGACCCACGAAGCCAAUCCCCAAACCUCAAUCAUGCAUUCUAUUUUUGGGUGACAUCGUAAAUGAUAUCCAACCUCCAUUAAUGCGUUCUUUUUUUCCCUUGCGUGGCCCAUCUGUUCUACCCCUUAAAAUUAUUUUUUUCUCUCUUUUUCUCCUCUUCUCUGUCACAUAUGAAGCCAAAACAUGACAGCAAAUAAGGAAGAGAUUGUGCCAAUAUCACAGCAAUCAAGCCUCCUCGAGUGUUGCAUGUGUGGAGAUUGUGGUCUAACUCAUGAGCUUUUUCAGUGCAAAGUUUGCCAAUUCAGAUCUCAACACAGAUACUGUAGCAAUAUGUAUCCAAAAGCCGAGUCUUAUAAAGUUUGUAAUUGGUGUUUGAAUCAAAAGGAGGAUUCAAAGGAGAAGUCUCAAAAUUCUUCUAAUUCUUCAGCAUCAUGUAAAGGCAACAACAAUGACGAUAGCAAGAACAAGAAGAAGGGUGAUAACCAUGGUGCUGCAGGCUUAAAAGGAAGCCAAAGAAACAACAACUUAAAGCCGCAACCGAUCAAGAACCCCAUCAAGAAUCCGAAGUCAGCAGAGAAAUUACCGCCAAGUACGAUACGAAAAAGGAUCAUAACGCACGCCCGUUUAGAAGAAAAGCUUAGGAGAUUAAAGUCAGAAGAGAUAUCAAAUAGCGCCCUCAUUACAAGGCAUGUGUUCAGAAACAAGGUAAGAAGAUACAAGCUUUUGGAUGAGGUUUCAAGUUAACUCAAAAUGCUUAUCUGAAAAUGAAACUACAGAGAUGGUCACUGUUUUGUCUUCUUGUGGGGAAUUUUAUUUUGGUCCCAGAAAAAGAAAAUAGACAAAAAUAUAUAUUGGGGAUUCAAUAAAUGGAUCCAAUGGAGAUGAGGAAUUAAACUAGGGCGGACUAUGCCAGAGAACAAGGGUCGUUUCAUUUACUACUUUUACAACUACUACAUGUUUUUCUAAUUUUCCCUCGUUCCAAACGGAUAAAACCAGUGUAAUUUGCAAGAAACUUUUGGAAUGAUAGAAAAAAAAUCAUGGAUAUCGUUUUCCAUCUGGUGCAUAUGGUUAAAAAUUCUAAUAUUCGAAAAUCGCUACAAUGCAUUUAGUUUAGUUAAUAGUCAUUAGGGGAAAGUAGUCACCAGGAUCAGAAUUUGCCAGGUAAUCGUCACCAGGAUGCUUCCACUGAUCAUAUUACAGCUGGGGUAAGAGAAAUUAAAUUAAAAAAAAAAAUGCUAGCUUUCCCCAACAGAUUUGUUUAGGUCAAAUCCUAGGCCUUCCAAUGGUACUGAAAUAUCUCAGAUUCCAAAUUGUUUUGCGGUCGGAAAUAUUUUUGAAUGGAAAUGUUCCAUAUUCUAUAUGGAAGAAAGUAUAAAAGCUAGUUGUAAAAAACUAUGGUUUACUGUUAGAAAAUUGGAUGAUUUGAUCUAGAAAAAAUAAUUGCUCAAGCUUUGGUUGACUUGGGAUAACGCGUUUGCAUAAGCACAAAGUCCAUUCAUUGGCUUCCACAAUUUCUUUGUUUUUCUUUCUAAAAUAAUGUUAGUUUUUCAGGUUUAUUUUUUUUCCUGUUCAUAUAUGGCGUGAAAAACGGGUAUCUUUAAACCCUGCGGCUAAUCAUAUCUCCUUCAAGUUCUUGUCACACACGUAUUAGAAUGGAACGAAUUUUUUCUUUAAUUUCAAAAAAUAAUUAACGUGUACGAUAAUCUCAAAUGUAGAUGCUUUCAA